AUGGCCAGCGACGCUCCCAACAACACUCAGCAGUCGGCCGCGCCCACCAACGGCCAGUUCGACGGUCGUCCGCAGCUCCCUCCUGCGGAUUUGAAGCUACCGCAGCGCAAGGACGUUUCUCUGCGCGAGUUUCUCAAGAAGGUGGAUGAUUGCGCGCCCAUUAUUCCCGACGCCGUCACGCAAUACUACAUGACCAAGGCCGGUCUGCCCCCUCCUCCGCAGACGGACCCGCGCCUGGCGCGCCUCCUCGCGCUCGCUACGCAAAAAUUCAUCGCCGACAUUGCCGCCGACGCCUACCAGUACAGCCGUAUCCGGGCGUCGAGCAACACAAACGCCAACAACCCCAUGGGCUCGCUCGGCGCGGCCGCCGGCUUCCCAAUCCCCGGACAGCAGACGGGCCAGCCGGGCAACAAGGACCAGGGCAAGGGCGCGCCGCUGGGGAUCCAGCGACCCGGGUACGGAGGCGGCGGGCAGGGCGGCAGCCAGAACAGGACGGUGCUGACGAUGGAGGACCUGGGCAUGGCGGUGGGCGAGUAUGGGGUCAAUGUGAAGCGUAGCGAGUUUUACAGAUAG